AUGGCCAGUAGAGAUGAUGAGCCAAGGAACUGUGUGGUGUGUGGGGACCGAGCCACAGGCUAUCACUUCCAUGCCCUGACCUGUGAAAGCUGCAAGGGUUUCUUCAGACGAACAGCCAUCAAAAGCACUGGUCUCAGCUGCUCCUUUGCUGGAAGCUGUGAGGUCAGCAAGGCCCAGAGACGCCACUGCCCAGCCUGCAGGUUGCAAAAGUGCCUAAAGGCUGGCAUGAGGAAGGACAUGAUCCUGUCGGCAGAAGCCUUGGCACUGCGGCGAGCACAGCAGGCCCAGCGGCGGGCAGAACAAGCACCUGUGCGGCUGAGUAAGGAACAGAAGGACCUGGUCCAGAUGCUCCUGUGGGCCCACACUCGCCACAUGGGCACAAUGUUUGACCAGUUUGUGCAUUUCAGACCUCCAGCUCACUUGUUCAUCCAUCACCAGCCCUUGCCCACCCUGGCCCCUGUGCUGCCUCUGCUCAGGCACUUCACAGACAUCAUCACUUUCAUGGUAGAGCAAGUCAUCAAAUUCACCAAGGAUCUGCCACUCUUCCGGUCCCUGCCCAUGGAGGACCAGAUCGCCCUUCUCAAGGGAGCAGCUGUGGAAAUCUGUCAAAUUACACUCAAUACCACUUUCUGUCUCCAAACACGAAACUUCCUCUGUGGACCUCUUCGCUACACAAUGGAAGACGGAGCCCAAAUAUCUCCCACAGUAGGGUUCCAGGUAGAGUUUUUGGACUCAUUCUUUCACUUCCAUGAGACACUGAGGCGACUACAGCUCCAGGAGCCCGAGUAUGUGCUCAUGGCUGCCAUGGCCCUCUUCUCCCCGGCUCCCUAUCCCACAGACCGGCCUGGGGUUAGCCAGAGAGAAGAGAUUGACCAGCUGCAAGAGGAGAUGGCAUUGACUCUGCAAAUCUACAUCAAGGGCCAGCAGCCAAGGCCCCAGAAUAGGUUUCUGUAUGCGAAGCUGUUGGGCCUAUUGGCUGAACUCCGGAGUAUUAACAAUGCAUAUGGGUACCAAAUCCAGCACAUCCAGGGGCUGUUCGCCAUGAUGCCACUGCUCCAGGAAAUCUACAGUUGAGGCCCUGGGUCACCUUUUUCCCCAGCCCACCUGGGA